CAUUUAAAGAUAAAAAUAAACUUAUGCAUAACCAAAUAAUAUCAGAAAAGGAAACGAAUAAAUUAAAUACACUGCUAAAGCGAGAACAAAUUACAACUAUUUCUGGUUGUUUUUGUAAAUUGAUAAUAAAAAGAAGUUGAAAAUGUCGAAGCUGCAAUUGCCGGUGGAUUGUGUGGGUCACAAUGGGAAUGUGGUGAACUUGGCUUAUAGUAAAGUAUGCACUUCGGGUUAUUACUUGGCCUCCGUCUGUCACGAUGGACAGGCGAUGCUGCGUCACGGCGACACUGGGGACUGGGUGGGCACUUUUGAGAAGGAUGGCGAGGCAAUGAUCAGUGUGGAUAUCAAUCAGGAUGCAACUCGACUGGUAACAGGCGGCGAGGAUUGCACGGCGCGCAUUUGGGAUGCCGUUGAUGGGAAGCAUUUGUCAAAGAUAAUGUUAUCAUCGCCGGUGCGUUGUGUGGCACUUGCGGCACAGUCGCAAAAAUUGGCCGUGGGCUGUUUGGAUCGCAAGGAGGGACACAAGUCCGAUAAUAUGCUGUGUAUCUAUUCGCUGGAUAAUCCAGGUUUGCCACAGAUCUUUCAGGGUCUGUCGCGUGGCUUGCGCGAUGUGGUUUUCUGCAGAGAGGAUCGAGCAUUGCUCUCCUCCUCGCACGAUCGUUCCAUACGCCUCUGGGAUCUGGUAAGUAACAAGCAGGCGCAUUCGAUUGCCCUGCCCCAUCAUGCCAAGUCGAUGGAACUCUGUGCCGAUGGACGCACUGUGACCAUUGCCUAUGGCCACAGCGUUGUCUUCAUCGAUGUGGAACGCUUUGAGGUGUUGCAACAUCGCAAGUUGCCGGCUCGUAUCCUGGGCGCCUCAUUGCAUCCCGAGAAGCAGACAUUUGUCUGUGCGGCCAGCAAUAAUUAUAUCUACAAAUGCGACUACACAACCGAUGAAAUCCUCGAGAGCUUUGUGGCACACAAUGACAAAAUGCGUUGCAUCAAGUACAGUCCCGAUGGUGAAGUCUAUGCCUCAUCCACGGACAAUGGCGGAUUGCGGCUCUGGCAGCAAGACGUGGGCAAGAAGUACGCAUUGUGGGACACACGAACCGACGAAUCCAACGAGCUACAGGAUGAAACACAAGAUGCAAUCAUCGAUGUCGAGGAACUCUAAACAAAAACAAAACAAAACAAAAAAAAGAAGUCGCACCAACUCAACUCUAGUUCUACACGUGUUUUACGUUUCGUUUUUUUCAGUUUCAUCAGUUUCUUCAGUUUUGGUUGCAAUAAGAAAAAAUAUAUAAAUAAAAAUAAGAGAAAAAGGGUCACGCUCUGAUCCCUCUAAUAAAUUUGUCUGCGACUCCGCGGCGUUCUUGUGAUUGA